ACUCCAAGUGGGUGCUAUAAAGGAAUACCCAUUUCCAAAUGUUGGAGAAGCACUCCGCACCAGCAGUGCUUCCCAUUCUUCCACCAAUCGCCAUGCAUUCAGCCGUGUCUCUCAUGGUCUUUGGGCUUCUCCUCUCCCUGCAGCUACACAUUCUCCCGUGCCAUGCUGCCACGGACACCGUGUCACCUGGCCAAGAGCUCGCCGGCGGCGACAAGCUCGUGUCCAGCAAUGGCAGGUUCGCGCUCGGCUUCUUCCAAGCCGAGAGCAGGUCCUCCGACGACACUCCAAAAUGGUACCUUGGCAUCUGGUUCAACACGGUCCCCAAAUUCACUCCCGUGUGGGUCGCCAAUGGUGAAAAUCCAGUCGCCAACCUUCCAUCAUGCAAGCUCCUUGUUUACCGUGAUGGCAACCUUCUCAUCCAGGCCAAAGAAUCCACGGUUUGGUCUAGCAAAGCCAACACCACAACCAAAAGCACCAUCGCUACCCUCCUGAACAAUGGAAACCUUGUCCUACGUAGCGCCUCCAAUGCAUCCAAUAUUUUCUGGCAAAGCUUCGAUCACCCGACGGAUACUAUCCUUCAGGGUGCAAAGAUCGGCUGGAACAAUGCCACCGGAUUGAUCCGCCGCCUUGUCUCCAAGAGGAACGACAUUGACCAAGCUCCCGGCUUGUAUUCUUUCGAGUUAUUUGGCCACAACGGUGCUACUUCCAUUAUUUCUUCGUUUAACUCCUCCAAACCAUAUUGGUCCAGCGGGGACUGGGCGGGCCGGUAUUUCAGCAACAUCCCAGAGACGGUAGGGCAGACCUGGCUCUCGCUUAAUUUCACCAGCAAUGAACAAGAGAAGUACAUCGAUUAUGCAAUUGAAGAUCCAACAGUGUUGUCACGGGGUAUAAUGGAUGUCUCCGGUCAACUGAAGGUGCUCUUGUGGUUCGAGGGAUCGCGAGAUUGGCAGACCAUCUUCACAGCACCGAAAUCUCAGUGCGAUGUCUAUGCUUUCUGUGGCCCUUUCACAGUCUGCAACGAUGUCACGUUCCCCUCCUGCACCUGCAUGAAGGGCUUCUCCAUAGGCUCACUUCAAGAUUGGGAACUUGAUGAUCGAACAGGUGGAUGCGCAAGAAAUACUCCACUGUACUGCGACGGCAACAGUAGCGCAGCCGGCAUGGCAGAUAAGUUCUACCCUAUGCCUUCUGUCCAAGUUCCUGCUGAUGCCCAGAACGUUGGAACGGCUACCAGUGCAGAUGAAUGCGCACUUGUCUGCCUGAGAAGCUGCUCCUGCACUGCAUAUUCCUACGGUGAAGGUGGCUGCUCCGUUUGGCACGACAAGCUGCUCAAUGUACGGCAACAAGGUAACAGUGUUCUUCACCUUCGCCUUGCCGCAAAAGAAGUGCAAAGUAGUAAAAGCCAUAGAAGGGGAGUGAUCAUUGGCGCUGCUAUUGGUGCAAGCACUGCUACUUUGGGUUUGAUCUUUCUACUGAUGAUUUGGAUGAGAAAAGGGAAGCGGUAUGGCGAUGAUAUUCAGGGCGGCAUGGGGAUCAUUGCAUUUCGAUAUGUCGAUUUACAGUGUGCAACCAAAAAAUUUUCAGAGAAGUUGGGGGCUGGCAGUUUCGGUUCGGUAUUUAAAGGGUCGCUAAGUGACUCGACUACCGUAGCAGUGAAAAGGCUCGACGGAGCCCGCCAAGGAGAGAAGCAAUUCAGGGCUGAGGUGAGUUCAAUUGGAAUCAUUCAGCAUGUCAACUUAGUUAAACUGAUUGGCUUUUGUUGUGAAGGUGAUGUGAGAUUACUUGUGUAUGAACACAUGCCCAAUGGCUCCCUGGAUGCCCAUCUCUUCCAAAGUAAUGGCACGGUAUUGGAUUGGACUCUUAGGUACCAAAUAGCUCUUGGAGUUGCUAGAGGACUAGCCUAUUUGCAUGUGAGUUGUCGGGACUGCAUUAUACACUGCGAUAUCAAACCAGAGAACAUACUUCUCGAUGGGUCUUUCAUUCCUAAAGUUGCAGACUUUGGAAUGGCCAAGUUUUUGGGAAGGGAUUUCAGUCAUGUUGUAACUACAAUGAGAGGAACCGUAGGAUACCUUGCUCCUGAAUGGAUUAGCGGAACAGCUAUCACAUCAAAAGUCGACGUUUACAGCUAUGGAAUGGUUUUGUUAGAGAUCAUAUCAGGCAGCAGGAACUCAAGUAAGCAAUCUUCCAGUGAUGGUGUUUAUGAAGCCUAUUUUCCAGUGCGAGUUGCACGCAGUCUUCUCGAUGGAGACAUUGCAAGUCUGGUGGAUGCAAACUUGCUGGGUGAAGCGAACCUGGAGGAGGUUGAAAGAGUCUGCAAACUCGCAUGUUGGUGUAUUCAAGAUGAUGAGUUUGAUCGACCUACAAUGAGUGAGGUGGUGCAGUACCUCGAGGGUAUGUUUGAAGUUGAGACACCUCCAAUGCCAAGAUUACUUCAAACUAUUGCAGGAGGGCCAAAUUUGAAGAUUACGUAAUGAGUAGUUUGGAUUGUUGUUAAAUCUCCUUUUUAUGGUAGUUGCCUAUGUUGUUUUCUUAAGAGGGUAAAAGGGGACGUACGUCUAAACACACGUUAAGAUGAGAUUUGGGAGGCUUGAGACCUCCAGUGCGCGGAAACGUGCAAUAUCACUAAACGCGCACGCAUGUGUACCAUAUACCUAGCUUGGGACCCAUCCCUGGAGCAAUUGAGGAAUAAAUCUCCAGUGAGCACCCGCGCCGGCUUUAAGGUUAGGCAUCCAUGAGGAUAUAAUGAUUCAUUUAUCUUGCAAACCUGGAAUUUGUAGCAUGUAAGAUGUCCCUCUAUAUAUAUAUAUGUACUCGGGUGUCAGGAGGGAGAACUUUUGUAACAGCCCAAUUUCAGUUUUUAUAGAAUUAAUUGCACGAA